AUGGAUCAAAUAUUUUUCAAGGAUUGGACUGUGCCUCACUUGGGUAGAGAAAAAUAUUUCCUAAAUGCAGAGGAUUUGGAAAACUGUGUAACUGAACGAAUCCUCCGUAACACUUUUCAUGAUCCUUUGAUUAGUAGUGAUGACGAAGAACCAGAAGACAUCGACUGGAAUGAAGUGUUUAAAAACAAAAAGAAUAAUGAGAAGAAUCACCGCCUCUUCAUACCCGGCUGCAGAGGUGUACCAAAAUACCCCAAAUUGUCCUCAUUGUCCCCAGUGCAACACACACAACUACUGAAAGUAAUAUGUGCAAAUAAUCCCCAUAUACUACCUCAGAAGAACUUUCCUAGACCGAGUAGGAUUGAUGUAAAAAUGUUUGAGUCUUUAAAAUCUCAAUAUGAAGAAGAAAAAAGAGACUUCAUAGACUGGGCCAAAACAUUAUGGGCAUCUGAACACUGCAUUAGAGCUCUGCGACCAAAACCACCUGUGGAGCUAGCUUACGAAGCACAGUUCAAACUGAGAGCCACUGAGUUGCAGAGCUACCCAAAAACCUUUUCACUCGCUGCCCAAAUACCAUUGCAGGGUAAUGGAGAUUUUGAGAUGACCUUUUGUGAAGAAUUGAUUCGAAUAAAUGAAAAAGAUCUACCGGAAAUCAAGCAAGAGAUGAUAGAAGAAAAACUUAGUAUUAUUAAACCUGGUGCUGUACCCGAGCCGUGCAUCAAGCAUCCAUGCAAAUUUAUAUUGCCAAUGGAAAAGUCAGUCUCAAUUCUUCCACUCACGGAAAUCGAGAGGGAGUUGGCGCAAUACGCUUUGGAACAAGGUGCCCAGUACAUAGCCAGUGAGAGUGCGCUCCAGUGCUUGCUUUCUUUCGGCCGAGCCUGGAAUAUUACUGUUAAUAUCUGUGAAGUGAUCGACUCAAACGGCGACAAGACCAACGUGACAGUGUUGGGCAGCGAAUUCGCCAUUAAAAAGGAAAACGUUCUCCAGAGGACGUAUAAGGCUUUCAAGCAUUUGCUUGAGGAUGCACUAAUUCCUUUAUCAGAAAGAGCAAAUCUGCUUAGUAAACUAGCAAAUCGUGAUGAUGAUGAUGACCUGAACAUUACCAGCAUGGACAUCCCGGAACCAGUUCUGGAACCCUCGAGCGAUGAUGAGGAAACUAAUCUCUGUAUCGAUAUAUGUGAUGAUAUACUAAAAAAUUGCGCAAAGGAAAAUUCUCAAAAGAAGGAAGACGAUGUAACACAAGAAACACCACUCCCAAACAACAAUACAAUGCAUAAAUUUUGGCUUCUAUGA